GCCACCCGGCCGGGCCGGCAGCCUGCAGAGGCCGGCGCCGCGCAGAUAGUGGCCGAACCGCCCCCGAGGAGGACCUCCCCGCAGCUCCCCGAUCCGCUGACGCCAUGGUGACCCGCGUGGGGUGCAUAGGGGCCGGCUACGUUGGCGGUCCGACGUGCGCCGUCAUCGCCCUCAAAUGUCCCGACAUUCGCGUCACUGUAUGUGACAUGAACCCGACACGCAUUGGCCAGUGGAACUCGGAUAAACUGCCAGUCUUUGAGCCGGGUCUGGACGAGAUCGUUCAGAAAUGCCGCGGUGUCAACCUGUUCUUCACCACCGACGUCGUGGCCACCAUCCAGGAGUCUGAGGUGCUCUUCAUCUCGGUCAACACGCCCACCAAGACCUACGGACACGGAAAGGGUCGGGCAGCUAACCUCAAAUACGUCGAGUCUGUGGCUCGGGAGAUCGCCAAGGUUGCCCGCGGCAACAAGAUCGUCGUGGAGAAGAGCACCGUGCCCGUCAAGUCGGCUCAGAGCAUCGCCGACAUUCUGAAGGCCAACCGGAACAGUCAGAACAAGUUCCAGGUGCUGUCCAACCCGGAGUUCCUAGCCGAGGGUACCGCCAUUGAGGACCUGCUGAACCCGGAUCGGAUCCUGAUCGGCGGCGAAGACUCCCCCGACGGCUGGAAGGCCAUCGAGACGCUGUCAUCUGUGUAUAAACGCUGGAUUCCGGCCGACCGCAUCAUUACUAUGAACACCUGGUCAUCGGAACUCUCCAAACUGGUGGCUAACGCGUUUCUGGCGCAGCGCAUCUCGGCCAUUAACGCCGUCUCGGCGGUGUGCGAGGCGACGGGCGCUGACGUCGGUCAGGUCGCGCUGGCUGUCGGAAAGGACAGCCGCAUCGGACCCCGCUUUCUGCAGGCCUCAGUUGGCUUCGGCGGUAGCUGUUUCCAGAAGGAUAUAUUGAAUCUGGUCUACAUAUGUGAGAGCCUCAACCUGCCGGAAGUGGCGGAAUUCUGGCUGAACGUAAGCACCUUCCAGGACACUGAUACAAU